CUGUUCUCAAUACGGGGCCCACUAACCUCUCGACCCAUUCCUGUGGACUUGUCUCCCGCCCCGCAUCAUUUUUAGAAGGGUCCCGGAGCCCGAAUAUACUACAGGGCCCUUGCAGGCCGAAGGUGUUGAAAAGCUUGCGCCUCGGUUCUCUACGGGCGCUAGAGGUCAGGACCAGAGCCCGGGUGCAGGCUGCCAUUCGUGCUGCCCAAGCUGCGCCGGUUCUUGGGCGCCCCGUACGUGCCGAUGAAGGUGCAGGCGGUGGACACGCUCUUCGACAGGGUUCUGCCGGCCUGGGCGGCCUGCGCCCCGGGCCGCGGCGGCGGCGGCGGCGGCCCCCUCGCCGGCCUGCGCCUGGUGGACAUAGGCUCCGGCGACGGGCGCGUGGUGCGCGCGGCGUCGGCGCGGGGCAUGCACGCAGUUGGCUACGAGAUCAACCCGUACCUGUGGGGCCUCUCGCGGCUGCGCUCGCUGCGGGGCGCGCCCGGCGCGGGCUCCGCCGAGCUGCGGUGGGCCAACGCCUGGACCGCGGACCUCCGGGAGGUCGACGUCGUGACGUUUUACGGCCGCCCUGGAGACGGCUUGAUGGAGAAGGCUGCCGCAAAGUGCGAGGCCGAGCUGCCGGCGCAUGCCGCCGUGGUCAGCCACCACUUCCCCAUGCCGGGCUGGGAGCGGCUCUUGGUGCAGGACGUCGGAGGCAUCAAGCUGUACGACCUGUCGAGGCGCAGCAGCUCCAGGCGUGAGGCGGCAGACGAGCCGCGGCGCGGCGCGCACGGCGGUGCGAUCCCCUUCCCAGGGGGGGAGCCGCUCCCGGCCCGGGGCCAAGCGCAGGCCGCAGCUAGCCAUCCCGCCAAGCGGUCCCGCGCGUCCUCGAGCGCCAGUGCCGCGGCCGGCGGGGAGGCGAAGGAGAAGAGAGACAAGGCGAAGUCUGAGGCAAAGGGGAAGAGCAAGACGGGGAAGGCGCAGAAGAGCGAGAAGGAGUCUAAGGACCGAGCUGCGACGAAGGCAAAGGCUGCCAAGGUGGAAGUGGCAGACAAGAAGACUAAGAAGGCAGGGAAGGCGCAGAAAGCGGACAAGACGGGCAAGGCGGAGAAGUCACCCGGGCCAGGCGCGGUCGUGAAGGCACCAAAAGUUGGCAAGGCCAGCAAAGCAGACAAAGACAGAACGACAGGGAGAGCCGAGAAGGCAGAGAAGACAGAGAAGAAAGCGAAGGACAAGGCCAGCAAGCCGGGGAAGGCCGAGAUUGCCGAGAAGGCCAGCAAGCCUCAGAAGGUCGGAAAGCCCGACAAGACCGACAAGGGCGAGAAGGCAGACACGCCCCGCAAGUCCGAGGGGGCGGACACGGGCGGCAAGACCGAGCGGGCCGCGUCGGCCGAGAGGCCCAGCGGGAGCGAGCCGCGCGCCGCCAGGCAGGGCCAGAAGGUGGGCCCGGCCGAGCAGAUGGACGAGGCCAAGGCGAUGCGGGAGCCCGGCCAGGGGCCCGAGGAGGAGAACGUCCAGCCGGCGGCCAAGCCGCAGGAGGGCCAGCAGGAGGCUGGGCCGCCCGCGGACCCGGCCUCGGCGGGCGUCCUGGUCGCUGCCGGCUGCUCCGAGCCCACGCUGCGCGAGGUCGUGGAGGGCACCUUCAGGCGAGGCCCGCCGGCGGCCCUCGCGAUGGUGGCCUUCCGCAGCGUCCUCCUCGCGCUGCUGAUGCUCCCCCUCGCGUACGCCCUCUCGCAGAUCACCGCGAAGGCCUGUGCGGACAAGUGCUUCACCGUGACGUGCGCGCCGGCCGACUUCCCUUGCGUCAUUCAAUGCGUGCAUGGCUGCCCCCAGGGUGCCCCUGGACGUCGCGAGGCGGAGGAGAUCAACGUGCGCGGCGCGAAUCUAGGGCUUCAUCCGCUGCGCCGUAGGCAGUUGACGUCUCUCCUGCCAUUAUUUCUGCUGGGGACCGGGGACGAGAUGAGCGCGUUGCUCCAGAAAGGCGCGAGGACGACUCCGGGCAAUGUGAAAGACGUCGUGAAGGAAAGGGUUGACAUCUUCAAGUGCCUACCAAUGGUGGCCUUCCGCAGCGUCCUCCUCGCGCUGCUGAUGCUCCCCCUCGCGUACGCCCUCUCGCAGAUCACCGCGAAGGCCUGUGCGGACAAGUGCUUCACCGUGACGUGCGCGCCGGCCGACUUCCCUUGCGUCAUUCAAUGCGUGCAUGGCUGCCCCCAGGGUGCCCCUGGACGUCGCGAGGCGGAGGAGAUCAACGUGCGCGGCGCGAAUCUAGUGCUGCAUCCGCUGCGCCGUAGGCAGUUGACGUCUCUCCUGCCAUUAUUUCUGCUGGGGACCGGGGACAAGAUGAGCGCGUUGCUCCAGAAAGGGUUGAUACCUUCAAGUGCCUACCAGUGCGAGCUUGGGGCGACCCCGAUGGUGGCCUUCCGCAGCGCCCUCCUCGCGCUGCUGAUGCUCCCCCUCGCGCACGCCCUCUCGCAGAUCACCGCGAAGGCCUGUGCGGACAAGUGCUUCACCGUGACGUGCGCGCCGAUCACCGCGAAGGCCUGUGCGGACAAGUGCUUCACCGUGACGUGCGCGCCGGCCGACUUCCCGUGCGUCAUUCAAUGCGUGCAUGGCUGCCCCCAGGGUGCCCUUGGACGUCGCGAGGCGGAGGAGAUCAACGUGCGCGGCGCGAAUCUAGGGCUGUAUCCGCUGCGCCGUAGGCAGUUGACGUCUCUCCUGCCUGUAUUUCUGCUGGGGACCGGGGACAAGAUGAGCGCGUUGCUCCAGAAAGGCUGCGGCCUCCACUGGGACCACCCGCCCGUCGUCCUUGCCCUUGAGGCCGUGGCGUCGGUGAUCCUGAGUUGCUGA